CAUUAUCAAUUCGUAACCUUUGUGAAACUGCAGUAGAAAGAUUAAAAAAUACUUAUGGUGAUCCUUUAGCUUCUAAUAUUAAUAUUCCAUUAGAUGAAUGGAUUCGUCUGCAAUUUUGUCUUGCAAAUGCUACUACAAUGCGAGCGAUGUAUUAUACUGAAAGUACUUUGGCUGCUGCUGAUCAUGAUUUCUCAAAACUAUCUCUAAUACCAUCAGUUAUAUUUUUUAUAUCUAUUCCUAAUGAUAUCUCUGGGUCAUUUUAUGAUAGACAGGUGUUUGU